AUGGAGUAUAAAUUAGAAUUUUUAAGCUAUUUGCUUAUUUUUAAAAAAAAAAAUGAACGAAUUGCCAAGUUCAACAAACAAAUAAAAACGUGUAUUAACAUAUUUGAAAAAAUGGUAAUUGAUGAAAAAGAGUUGAUAUACUUGUUUGAAAAGAACAUUUUAGAUAUCAACCCAUCUAUUCGUUCAUUAUGUUGGAAAUUAGCACUGAAGCAUCUUAGUUUAAAUACGAAAAAAUGGAAUGAAGAACUUAUUGAAAAAAAAAAAUUGUAUGAAGAUUAUUUAAAAUGUUUUGUACUAAAUCCCAUGAAAUGUGAAAAAAAUGGCAUAGGGAAAGAGGCAAAUGAAAACACAUCUUCCACUAACAUAGAAGACGAUUCAGAUACGAAUAUAAUUAAUUCUGAAUUGUUUAGUCAAAUAAAUAAAGACACCUUUAGAACUAGACCUGAGUUGUCUUUUUUUAGUUUAAAUCCACAACAAACAAUUAAUAAUAAUAUAAAAAUUCUUAACAGUUUAAUUAAUAUAGAAGAAUUUGAACAAGAACAUGAAGAAAAAAUACCAUCUCUAGUAAAUAUAAGUACCAUGGAUGAAAAAUGUACUGAUCAGGAAGGGGAAACACAUACCAAGGAUGCACAAAACAUAAGAAGAAAAAACACUAAUAAUGUAGAAACUGUUUUAGAACAACAAAAUGUCAAUCAACUCUUACCACCUGUUGAUAGAACUCCAAAUAUAGAUAUAGAAUCCAUGAACAAGUUGGAUAAAUGUCCUAAAAAGAAAAAUUAUGAACAUCCUUUUGGUGACCAUUCAGGUGUUUGUGAUAUGGUUAACCCGAAAAGACAUUACGAUUUAUUAUGCAGAAUUUUGUUUAUAUAUGCAAAAAUUCAUCCAUAUGUUAAAUAUGUACAAGGGAUGAAUGAAAUUCUGGCCCCGCUAUAUUUUGUUAUUUUUAACGAUCCUUUAUGUAAUUGUUCUCUACAAGGAGAAGCAGAUACAUUUUUUUGUUUUAUAGAAUUAAUGCAAAAACAGAAAGAUGUUUUUUGUGAAGGAUUAGACAAUACAGAUGAUGGAAUAAAUGGGAAGCUAAAAAAAUUUUCUCUCCUGUUAAGAAUAAAGGAAUAUGAAAUAUGGAAAAAGUUGUAUACUCUGAAAAUAGAAACCCAAUAUUAUGCUUUAAAAUGGAUUCUCUUAUUAUUAACUCAAGAAUUUGACAUGGCUGAUACUAUUAUAUUAUAUGACCAUUUUAUUAUUAAUAAUGAUCAAAAUUUUAUUUUGUACAUUUGCUUAGUAAUUUGCAUGAAAUUAAAGUGUUCCCUUCUAUGUGGAAAUUUCACUGUUAAUCUUAAACUUUUGCAAAAUAUUCCACCUUUUGAUCCCUGUGAUAUAAUAUAUGAAGCUAAAAAUUUAAUGAGCAAUGAUGACAAAAACGGUUUCAACAUUACAGAAAUAUAUAAUCAAUAUUAUUGUCAAAAGAAAAGAAAAAAUUCUGUGGAAAGUUUAGGAAAUAUUAACACUGAGGGAGAUACAUCUUCUAGCGAAAAUUUAUCUAACAUAGACGAAAGUGAAAGCAGCAGUAGACAGGGAAGAUCUGUACUUCAUAAUUUUAGGAAAAAAUUUGUUGUACAAAAUAUUAAGAAUUAUAUAAGUAACAAAAUGGACACAACAAAAAGGAGUAAUGAGUAUUUGGACUUUCACCAGUUAUAA